AUGGCCGAAACCGAGGCCGAGAAGUACGAAGUCCUGACCAAGAUUGGUCAAGGGUCAUUCGGCAUCAUCAGAAAGGUCCGCAGGAAGAACGACGGCCUUAUUCUUUGCCGCAAAGAAAUAUGUUACACCCGCAUGUCACAGAAGGAGCGCGAGCAGCUCUCGGCCGAACUCGACAUCCUACGAGGCCUUCGCCAUCCCAACAUCGUCGCCUACUACGAGAAGGAGCACCUGAAGGCUUCGCAUGACCUUCACCUUUACAUGGAAUACUGCGGCAAUGGUGACUUGGGAAUGAUGAUUAAGGAUCUCAAGGCUCGCAACGAAUACGCCGACGAGGAAUUUGUUUGGACCAUCUUUGCACAACUCGUCAGCGCUCUAUACCGCUGCCACUACGGCGAGGAUCCACCAGAUGUCAACAGCAACGCCCUUGGCCUGACCAAGAACGCCCUCCCACUUAAGAGCAAGCAGGCACACAAGAUGAUUCUUCACCGUGACCUGAAGCCAGAAAAUGUCUUCCUCGGUGAAGGCAACGCAGUCAAGCUCGGUGACUUCGGUCUCUCAAAGAUCAUUCUUUCGCACGACUUCGCCUCUACAUACGUCGGCACUCCCUUCUACAUGUCGCCCGAAAUUUGCGCCGCCGAACGCUACUCUCUAUAUUCCGACAUCUGGUCACUCGGCUGUAUCGUUUACGAGCUCUGCACGAGAGAGCCUCCAUUCAACGCCCGCACACAUCUCGAACUCAUCCAAAAGAUCAAACUUGGCAAGGUUGCUCCGCUGCCACGCAUAUACUCGAAGGAGCUCUCAGAUGUCAUCUCUGCGUGUCUUCAGGUCAACCCCAACUCAAGACCUGACACAGCCAGUCUCCUGAACCUGCCGAGAGUCAAGCUCGUACGAAAGACACAAGAAGGCGUCAUGAUUCUACAACAACAUAUUACCGCAAAAGAAAACGCCAUCGCCGCCUUGAAGGCCGCGCAAGAGAAGAUUGCACGAUUGGAAGCCGAGAAACAAACCAUGCACGAUCAAAUCGACAAACAGCUCAGGCUGGAGUGGGAGACAAAGGCUCAUCUUGAAAUCAACCGACAGAUGGAUGUGGCGGGAGAAAGAUUGAGGGAGCACUACAGACAACUCUUCGAGCAGCAAGUUGAGGAAGAAGUCGAGAGAAGACUUGCUUCGCUGCCAUCCUCUCGCACCAGCUCGACCAACUCGGCCUCAGACAACAUUGAGCCACCGAAGCGCUCCUCAACUCCCACACAAGAGGAACCCUCUUCACUCGUCACCAUAGGAGAGGCCGAUGAGGAAGGUCCUAGUCUCAACGCCCUAUCGUUGGAAGACUCACCACUUAUUCAGAGACACAAGCCUCUGAGAUCAUCUAACAGAACACCCUUCACACGCGCAAAGACUUUUGCCGGCACAAACGAGGUCGCUCCCAGCCCCAUGGAUAUUCAGAUGGUUGACCCUAGCCCAAUGAGCAUCGCUUCGCUCUCCUUGUCACCGCGUAGGAACGCACCUCUUGAAGGAAGCAAGCUUAGACAGCCUGCGUUCAAGGGACCCAACAUGUUUGAUCGUGCUACUCGCGAGACUAACCUCGCUCUCUUCCCCGAGGACAACGAGGAUGAGGAAUCUUUUGGCUCAGACGGUGGUUCGCCCAUCAGAUCAAGACCCAACAGCAGAGAGAACGAUCCCUUCAAGGUCUUGGCUCAGCCCUCGAGACCUGGCGUUUCAAGACAAAAGACUAUGCCCACUCAACUCCAAUCACGCUUGAAGGCAGUACCUAAUCUGGCCCCCAGCACUAGACGUGCCGCAGCAUCACCUAACCGCUCUCCUAUGAACAAGGGUCAAACCAUCAGUCCUAGCAGAAGAGCACCCGCCAUUCCAUCUCAGCCUUCUAAGACCGCGCUGGCCACUAAGAAGGGCGCAAAGAGCGAAGACAUGAUCAAGACUGUUCACCGCAACAACCUGCAACAAGGCAUCCAAGGCCGCACUCUGGUGGAGCUGGCACAAGCUAGAGGCAUCGCCAGCCCUUCAUCGAGUAUCGAAGUGCCCAAGGUGUCGACAAAGGCAACUCUGGACAAAGAGCCUCUGUGGGAUCCCGAACGUGAUGAGAUGCCUUCGCCUUUCCUGAUCAAGACUCGCAGAGUUGGAAUCAUGCCUCGAUGA